UAAAGCGUGCCAAGGGGCACACGACUUGAGGCUCAGAAAAAAUUCCGAUUGGUCUCGCAGCCGCGCCAAAGACAGCAACAGUGGCCCGGGACCCCCUUUGCUCUUCGCUUCUCUUGGGCUGGGGAAACUUCCAGGCUGCGGCUCCUGCAUCCUGGCUGGACUUAACAGACGAAAAGGCCAGCUAAGCUCACCAUUGCUCUCGUUGCUCGCCGCUUCUACCCUUUUGCGCGCGGGAACAAGCCUCAGGAUGGCGCCGCAUCCCUCCGGCGUGCCAGCUGUCCAAGCGACCCAUGACACAGAACAGCCCUUCCAGGGCGCCUCGGACGCCGAAGUGACCUGCGUUGCGUCCGCUCCGCCCAGCCCGGCUCGCGUGCAGGGGGGCUGCGCGGAGGAGGAAGGGGGCGGCUGCCGAGGAGCCUCGAGGAAGCUCCGGCCGAGGCGCGGGGGGCGCAGCCGGCCCAAGAGCGAGCAGCGGCGGAGCCGGCGCAAGAAGGCCAACGACCGCGAGCGCAAUCGGAUGCACAACCUCAACUCCGCGCUGGACGCGCUUCGCGGUGUCCUGCCCACCUUUCCCGACGAUGCCAAGCUCACCAAGAUCGAGACGCUACGCUUCGCGCACAACUACAUCUGGGCGCUGACGCAGGCGCUGCGCAUAGCAGACCACAACCUCUACGGGCUGGAGCCGCCCGCGCCGCCCUGCGAAGAGCUGGGCAGCCAGGACGGCGGCUCCCCGGGAGAAUGGGGCUCCCUCUACUCUCCGGUCUCCCAGGCGGGCAGCCUGAGUCCCGCCGCCUCGCUGGAGGAGCGUCCGGGGCUGCAGAUGCCUGCCUCCCCUACCGGUCUGCGCCCCGGCGCCCUAGCUUUCUCAGACUUUCUAUGAAGGGGCCUGCGGGUCUCUGGGCGGUGGGUGCUCGGGAGAGAGGGAGGGGGAGGUUACGGGGGCCUUCAUGCGAACUUGCCCUUCCAGUCUCUGGCUCGCUGACACCCGAUGAGCCCAGGCGCCUAGGAGGGUGACAGGCUGCAUUCAAUCCCCCGUCCUCUGCGUCGCGCUAACUUCAGACCGCCGCACGCAGGUUGCUGCGCAAGCAGGUGGGCGUUGCAGGCUUCGGGGGUUCCCCGCCCUGCAACCACCCCAAGUCUCCCGCAAAGACAACGAGAAUGGUAGCACUACGCAGCCGGAGACGCUCACUGUC